UCAUAUUCAUCCAAUAAAGACGGGUAACUGUUGCGUCACACUUGCAGGCGCCACUCACAGUCCGAGUUUCGUUUUGUAGCUGAGCAAGACGACAGCCAUAUUUGACUUAGAUUUCAUGUCCGUGUGUCAAGAAUGUGAUCUCAAUCUCAAAGACACAGCUGCCCGCCUAACAUCAGAAGAUGGAGGCUAAACACGUUAUCGUCAUUCAGAGGAACCACAAGUUCCUGAAGGAGCUCCUUAUGGUGGAGCCUGUGCUGGACGCCUUGUUGCAGGACGGCGUCUUCACACAGGAAGACUAUGACAACUGUAGACAGGCCGGGCCAGGGAAGUGUGAGAUGCUGUUAGAAAUAUUGAAGAAGAAAGGCGUGGAGGGAUACAGGACACUGUGUGGGGUGCUUGAUUCCACGCAACCGUUCAUUAAAGAAAGACUUGAUGCAACGUCCUUGGAAGGAGGCAACUCCUACCUCGUCUUUGUUAACAAACUGAAGGUGCAAUCCGAGCACAGAAAGGAACUUGCCGGAAAGGACGAGCAGAUAGCAGAGCUGCAAUCUGGAAUGGAGGAUUUAACGAAACAGCUGGAAGACAAACAGAAGGAUUAUGAUACACUGGGGGAAACAAACCAGAAAGAAAGAGAGGAACUCAUGUCACAGAUGGACAAACAGAAAAAGGAAAUCGAAACUUGUAAGCUGAUAGGCAAUACUUCAUACCCAGUAUCUCCAUAGGUUACAUGGUAGAUU